AUGGGAGGUAUAAAGCGGCUGAUGCUGGACCCACCGCUGCGAUCCCGCCAGCUCCCGUCGACGGUCCAACUGUUCGUGCUCGGCGUCGCCCUUCUCGCGCUCGGCGCGACACUUCGCCACGGCUCCUUCGCCAAGCGCGACACCGACCGGCUUGCCUUCGUCGCCGAGCGCCAGCCCGCCGGCACGACAAGGGACAGCAGCGUUCGCCACCCAGUGGUGCUCGUAGGGCCACUGCUAGGACAGACGCUGCAAGUCAACGAUGCGCGAUGGCUCAACCCGUGCAGUCCGUGGACGCCAACGUGGACGACGGCGUGGGUGAACUUGGACAAGUUUGCCGCAGCGUGUGCGUUGCACAGCUCCCACGCGCAGCUGGGACUCACCUUCGACCCUACGACGAACCGCACCAAGUCUCCGGAGCAUGUCCAGGUGAGGGUUGCCGAGGGUUGGGAUGGCUUGACGUUUUUCGGAAUUGAUGUGUACGGCAACCUAACCCAACGGCUGGAAUCCGAAGGGUUUGUCAGAGACGUCGAUAUCCUCCCGAUGGGCUACGACUGGCGGUUGAGCGUAGCCGACUGGGAGCAAGAAGCCUUUCCUCGCUUCUUCAGGACAAUCUCAGACGCGGUGUCGAGGAAUGGUCAGCCGGUUGUGCUGACUGGUGUUUCGAUGGCGGCUCCGUUCACGCACGCGUUCCUGAAAUGGGCAAACGCAAAGCGCGGGGGCAAGAGUUGGGUGCAAAAGAACGUGCACGCCUUCGUGCCGGUCGCAGGCCCGUUCAAUGGCGCAGUUAAUGCCCUAUCCGCACUGAUGGGCGGCGUUGUCUUUGAUUUCGCGUCCCCGGGCCAGCCAGGCGCUGCACAAGUUCAC